UCACGAAUUUUCUCACUCAGUUUUCUUUCUACAAACUGUACGGGUCAUAAUGUGGUUCAUCAACGUCUGUCUCCUGUUUCUCGGAGUACAAUACACAACCGCUUCAACAUGUUCAACAACACUGCAUGGUCGUUGUGUAAGUUUGUAUGACUAUUGUCACGUUGGAGACAGCUAUACUUAUAGCUUCUGUGGAUUUCUACAGAAGUGUUGUAUUCCUCCUAAUGCAAUGCAAACACAUACCACACCACCCCCACAUUCCGGAAGCGGAAGUGUUUCCACGAAUAAUGUAGCGCAUUGCGGAACCUCAUCGGUAGGCUCCACCCAUACCAAAAUUGUGGGCGGUACUACAGCGUCACAAGGCGAAUAUCCAUGGCAGGUGUCCCUGAUGUACGGCGGUAGUCACGUGUGUGGUGGUACACUUAUUGACACCCAGUGGGUCGCUACUGCUGCUCACUGCUUCGAAGACUACCACAACGCUCGUUAUUGGACCGUCGGUGUUGGCAUGCACGAUCGCCACCAUGUGUACACAAGUCAAGUCCAUCAUGUCCGUAACUUAAUUGUCCACUCUGGCUAUAAUUCUCGUACAAACCUCAACGAUAUUGCCCUGAUGAAACUUGACAAGCCUAUAAACAUCAACACUCAAUAUGUUCGUGCUGCCUGUCUGCCGAACUCGUACGACCAUUUCGAACAAAUGACAUGUACAGUAACUGGCUGGGGAGCCACUUAUUUUGAUAACAAUGGUAAUGCUCCUGGCGCCCAGUACUUAAGAAAGGUUGAUGUACCGACGAUGACAAACUCCCAGUGUCAGUACUUCUUGGGUAGAAAUCACGUUCACACCAGUAAUAUCUGCGCAGGUCUGAGGGCAGGCGGGAAAGAUGCUUGUCAGGGAGACAGUGGCGGACCUUUAGUCUGUAAGAAGGAUGGUGUGUGGAAGGUGGCAGGAAUCGUGUCCUGGGGGUACGGCUGUGGGGAUAGGAAUGCCCCUGGAGUGUACACACGUGUCAGUUCCUUCCUAACCUGGAUUAACCAACAAAAAGCAGCUCACCCAUGAUUGCUUAAAUAUAAACUCUUAAAACUCUUAUCUUUUGAUGAAGUGGUAUAAAGAAAAAAACCAUUA